UGUGCAACAUUAUUGCGUUAAAUCUGUAGCUUUCACACACAAUAUCGACGUAGGAUCACGUUGCUUUUCUUAACGGCGACAUCAGGAAACAGCUGCAUCUUGGUAACUUCUUAACAGCCCCUAAACACUUCAACUGCUCGUUUAUGCGGUUUUAUAGUAGGAUUUACACAUCUUUUAAAUGAAAAAAAAAAUACGAUUUCCUGAUGCAUCAUAAAACUCGGACAUUACAGGUCGUACCUCCAUAGAUAAUACUGGAUGAGAAAGGGUUAUGGUCCUGUUGUUUGUAAAAGGUGAUGAUUAAAUAACAGGCCAUCACAGGCUAUAAUGUCUGUAGCUGGAGAACUUGUCACAGAAGAGGAGGUGGAGGAUCUGGCAGAGGACAGUCUCUGUAGCAGCUAUGUGUCUGACACUGAAAAGUCAAGAAAAAAGAAAGUUUCAGGCAGACCACCUCCUUCUCCUAAGUCACCGUACCUGAACAGUGCAAACUUGAAUUUGAAGAAAACUCCAGUAACAUCAUGGAGGACGGUGAAAGGGACUCUGCUCCAAAACUGUAAAACCCAUCCGGCUGGUACACCCAGGGACGUCUGGCUGCACUUACAGAAUGAUGGACAAGGGAAGUCUUCAAAAGGAGCAGAUUAUAGUGUCACACAAACCAGCAUUUCCAUGACCAGCACACCUGAAUACUUGAAGGAGGCUUUAGAAAUGAAAAAGACGAAAUAUUCCCGGUCUCCAUCUAACGGUUAUGUUCCAGGGACCCCAGUCUACAAAGAAAAGGAAGAAAUGUAUGAUGAAAUAAUUGAUCUAAAAAAGACCAUCCAGUCGCUAAAGGCUGAAUCUGACAAGAUGAAAGCCAAGCUCCGCCGUCUUGAAGAAGACAACACGAAGAAAGACAGACAAAUCGAACAGCUGCUGGAUCCAGCGAAGGACCCAGAUUAUGCAAGGGGUUUAGUGGACAGAAAGACAGAUCCUAGAUCGAUCAUUAAUGGACUGAAACAGAGGAUUCUACGAUUGGAGCAGCAGUGCAAAGAAAAGGAGAAUGCCUUGAGUCAGCUUCAGAGUGACCUCAAAACUACCAACAUGCAGGAAAUGAAGAUCACUGUAGAAACCUACUUUGAGGAGGUUCAAAGAUUGCGAACACUGCUGGAGUCAGCUGAGAGAAGUAAUAAGAUGGAGAGCAAAGACAUCAGGCGGCAGAACAAGACCCUUAGUGCGACAGUUCUGAAACUCACAAAGACUGUUCAACAACUGGAGGACGAGAACCAAGAACUCAAAAAAGAAUUGACACAGGAAGAGAUGAGCAUGAUGGACAGCCCUGUUUGCCGUGCCAAGGGUUAUAUGGAUUGGAGUAAACAGAGACUUGUGCGACGAAUCCUGGAACUUGAAAAGAGAGUCGAGCAGAUGAAGAAUCUUCAUAUUACUAAAGCAUCAGACUCACAGAAGAGCUCAGUGGAGAAAGGUACUGAGUCAGAAUCGCCCAAUCAGAGUGAUUCUGUCAACACAGAGAUGGAGCCGUCUGUGAUUCCAGAGAAUGAUGUGCAUUUGAGGGAAGCAUUUAAGAAACUGGCAGAAGAGAAUAAGAAACUACAGGAAAAACUAACCCAGAGAGAUAAAGAGAUAAAGCAGUUGUCUGCUGAGAAGGAUGACGGACUGAAAGAGGUAGAAAACGCACUGAAGGAGCGAAUUAGAGAGCACGAGGGACUGAUGCAAACACACAGGCAGGAGAUGGGUGCACUGACUGUAGAAAUCAACUGUUUAAAAGAGAAAUUAGAGGAGGAGAGAAAACUCAGAUUAGUACAAGAUCCAAAUCAGGUUCGGAACGGUUCUUUAUCAUUAACACUCACAGAACCAUUGUCGUCAUCAGCGGUUGCUUCAAUGGAGAAGAACAAAGCAGCUAAGAUCAUCCAGACACACUGGCUCUCACACCGAACACGGGAUCUAGUUCUCUUGCAAUCCUGUCUCAGAGGGCAUGUAAUCAGGCAGAGGCAGAUAGAUGGACCUCGGCAAGCAGAUCCAACAACCGUCCUUGUUGCCAUGAGCCAAUCAGGUUUUAACACUCAGGCUGUACAGGAAGAGGAAGUGACUCUGCUGCAGGCUGUCUUUAGGGCUCAUCUCAAACGCAGCACUCUGAGGAUGGACAGGGCGUCUACAGUGACACAGUCUGAAUCUUUCAUUCAUCAGAAAAAGCGGUAUCUCUCCACCCCUCCACUACCGCCCACAGGGUCCCCACAGGCCAUGUUUACCAACAAAACGCAAACCUCAGGUGUAACUCAGAAUAAUAGCGAGGAGACUGAAGAGAAACUAAAUCCUGCUUAUAAUGAUGAGCUACAUGACAAGAGAUCAAUACCAGAAGACCGGAAGAUCCACCAACAGCAACCAGCCACUGCGAUUCCAAAGACCACUGAUUCAGACGACUCUGAUGACAUCAUCGUGUCUCCUUCAAGGCCACUGAGAAAAAGAGAAAAAUGCUUAAGUCCUUUCAAUGCUAAUGACUUGAUUUAGCUCUUUGUUGUUGUUUUUUUACAGUUUGGACCUCAGAUGGUUUCAUUAAUAA